AUGACCAACCUCAAGAUAGCCAUCAUUGGUGCAGGGCCUGCUGGAUGUAUGCUGGCACGGCUUCUGCAUCUAGCCAACAUUGAAGCAACGGUCUAUGAAAGCGAGUCUUCGCCGGAUUUCAGAUCGCAGGGCGGCAGCUUGGACCUUCAUACCAACACCGGGCUAGCUGCGUUGAAAGAGGCGGGUCUGUUUGAUGAGUUCUUGAAGCAUGCCAGAUACGAUGGACAGUACAUGGCCAUUGUCGACAAGAACAACAAGCCCCACUUUGUGAGAACGGCAGAAGGAUGGGGGAGUGGUGUCCAGGAACGCCCAGAAAUCGACCGACCCAAACUACGUGAAAUCCUCGCAGAUUCUCUGCCCAAGGGUAUGAUCAAGUGGGGACAUCGCCUCAAGUCAGUCGGCGAGGACGGCACGCUCAACUUUGAACAUACCUCGGCGGCGGGUUUCGACCUGGUGAUAGGUGCGGAUGGAGCUUGGAGCAAGGUCCGCCAGCUACUCGCGCGGGAAGUAAAGCCUUCUUGGACCAAGAUUGGACUUUACUCUUUGAGCAUCCCGAACGCUGCAGAGACUGCGCCCGAGUUGUCCAAGUUGGUCAACAGGGGAAACCUCUUCGCCAACAGCUACCAGCAGCGUAUCACAGUUCAGCAGAUGGGCGACGAGAGUCUCAGUGUGUAUGCCGCGGUGGUGUCGGAAGAAGAGAAAUGGUCAAGCCCAGCAGUGUGCGGAUACGACUCACACGAUAUCGACGCAGUCAAGAAGCACCUCUUGGAGCUGUACAAAGAUUGGAGCCCGGAGCUAACGGAUGCAAUCGUCAAAGCGGAGGGCGAGUGUACACCGAGAUCGCUGUACAUGCUUCCGGUCGGGUUCAAGUGGUUGCACCGGCGCGGGUUUACGGUCAUCGGAGAUGCGGCCCACUUAAUGACGCCGUAUGCCGGUGAGGGUAUCAACGUCGCCCUGGAGGAUGCGAUGCACUUGGCCAAGGCCAUCAUUGGCGCUGCGACUGAAGGAGGAAGCCCAGAAAUCCUGGACCGCAAGGUCGAGGCAUUCGAGAAGGAAAUGUUCCCGCGCAUGGAAAAGGUGCAGCGGCUGACGGAGGAGCUUAUGCACGACAACAUGUUCACACCCGGCUCGCCGCAGACCACGAUCGCAAGGUCGGUAGCAAGGCACGCCAAGUUCGAGACGCCGUGGGUUUUCCAUCCGCUGGUGACGGCCUCAGUACACACGUUCUUUUUCAUGCGCAAGCUGCUGCCAUAA